AUGAUGCUAGCAACAGUGGUCUACUUUUACGAAAGACUCAAUUACCACCGAAUCAAGCAGUUCAAGGACUGGCCACAGCUGAAACCAUCACUUCUAUUGGGUCGUCUGAAGUCGCUGAACGAUGUUAUCAUGACUAGUAAGCCGAAUGUCCAUAUCGGUACGCCUCACCCUCCGGGCACCUCUAAACGACAGCUCUGGUUAUACUGGGAAAUCUACAAAUCAAGCCUAACACCACAUGCAUUGGCCGCUAUGAAAAGUGAAUUUGAAACCCCGUUAGGUAUAAUCCAAUGGGAUACAACCAUCUACGGUCUCUCUGCCGAAAAAUUCAGACCGAAGAGAUGGUUACGAGACUCCACCGAACCAUCCAAUCCGAUUCCAGCAAGUGCAAUCCGCGCUUUCGAGCGCGGUUCACGGAAUUGCAUCGGACAGGAACUGGCUGAGAGCAAAUCUGCGGCUGUCCUCGUUUGUGUUGUUAGACGGUAUACCUGGGAAAAGGUUGGUCUUGGUUCAUUUGAGUUUGAUGGGGAUUCUCCGGUUCUUGGGGACGAUGGGCGGUUCAGGGUGGGAGAGGGGGCUUAUAAAGUCUUGCAAAUCACAGCCAACCCAAUUGACGGAAUGAAGAUGCGGGUUCGAAGGACUGAGUGA